CUCAGGAAAGAGGGGGGUCCCUUUCCCCGGGCCUCCCCUCCCGUUCGUGGCGGCGAAGCAGCCCCUCCAGGCGCCCCGCAGCCUGUCCCGAGGCUUCAAGUCGCGGGGUCGCCGGGGGUUGUGGCGGGGGCCUGGGCUCCCCCGCACGUUUUCUGCGGUGCUCCCCUCUUCCCCCUUCCCUCUUCGCCAAGCCCUGAAGGGACACGAAGGCGGCAGCCUGGCUGAAAGUGCCGGCGGCUUGAAACUGACUAGAGCUCCGCCGCUGAGCGCCAAGCAAGCCGGGCUGAAAUUCAGCGGGCCGCCGCCGGCUUCCUCCUUCCCGCCGCUAGCCCUCUCUGCCUGGGGGGCCUCGCUCUUCCCGCCUGGCUUUGUGGAUGUCCCGAUGAGAGACCCAGCGUUCUCGGGGGCUGCGAUGGCUUACCACCCCUUCCACGCGCCCAGGCCAGCCGAUUUCCCCAUGUCCGCCUUCUUAGCGGCCGCUCAGCCUUCCUUCUUCCCGGCGCUGGCUCUGCCUCCCGCCGCCCUCACCAAGCCCUUGCCGGAUCCCAGUUUGGCUGGAGCCGCCGCCGAGGCCGGCUUGCACGUCUCGGCUCUCGGGCAUCAUCACCAGGCCGCCCAUCUGCGUUCUCUGAAAAGCUUGGAGCCGGAAGAAGAGGUGGAAGACGAUCCCAAAGUCACGCUGGAAGCCAAAGACCUAUGGGACGAAUUCCACAAACUGGGCACCGAGAUGGUGAUCACGAAAUCGGGCAGACGGAUGUUUCCCCCCUUCAAAGUGCGGGUCAGCGGCCUGGAUAAGAAAGCCAAGUACAUUUUGCUGAUGGAUAUUGUGGCCGCGGAUGAUUGUCGCUACAAGUUCCACAACUCGCGCUGGAUGGUGGCCGGCAAAGCCGACCCGGAGAUGCCGAAGAGGAUGUACAUCCAUCCGGACAGUCCCGCCACGGGGGAGCAGUGGAUGGCCAAACCGGUCGCCUUCCAUAAACUGAAGCUCACCAAUAAUAUAUCGGACAAGCAUGGAUUUACGAUCCUCAAUUCCAUGCAUAAGUACCAGCCGAGGUUCCACAUAGUCCGAGCGAAUGACAUCCUCAAGUUACCCUACAGCACUUUCCGAACAUACGUGUUCCCCGAAACCGACUUCAUCGCGGUGACCGCUUACCAAAAUGACAAGAUCACCCAGCUGAAAAUAGACAACAAUCCCUUUGCAAAAGGAUUUCGAGAUACGGGGAAUGGACGGAGAGAAAAAAGGAAGCAGCUGACUCUGCCUUCCCUGAGGAUGUACGAAGACCCCUGCAAGCAGGACAGAGACGGGGGCGAAUCCGAUGCGUCGUCUUGCGAACCUGCCCCAGCGCGAGAAUCCCUCCAUUCCCCGUUGGCGACAACUCCCAGUCCUUUGCGGGUGCACCGAAACAGCAGAGAAGAUAAAGGGAGUGACCAAGAGCUGGAGAAGGGCUCGGGAGUGAAGAGAACCAGUCCUGAGCUGGGUCCGGCUACUCCGCCCCACAACCGCAGUCCCGGCUUGCAGGCGGAUGAGCGGAGUAAAGAACGGGCCAAAGCCAGCGAGGCCUCCAAGGACGGCGGUGGUGAGGCAGCCCUCUUCACCCCUCUGGCCCUGGAGAAGGAGAAGCUGGAGGGCAGAAGGAAGGAGCCCCUCCUGCAGCCGCCCCAGGAAGGAUCCAAAAAGGAAUUGCCCGGAGAUUGUGCCCCGGUGGGGUGCAGUAGCAAGGAAGCCUUCGCCCCUCUGAUGGUGCAGACCGACAGCCCGCCGCACUUGAAUCCAAGUCACCUACAGAGUUUGGCGCUCUCGGGCCUCCACGGCCAGCAGUUCUUCAACCCUCUGGGCGCCGGCCAGCCUUUCUUUCUCCACCCCACACAGUUUGCCAUGGCGCCCGGAGCCUUUUCCGCGAUGGGCAUGGGACACUUGCUGGCUUCGGUAGCAGGCGGCGGGAGCUUGGAAAACGGGGGACUCUCGGCUCCACAAGGCACGGCGGGGACCACAGCCCCAUUCCCCUUCCAUCUGUCCCAGCACAUGUUGGCUUCUCAGGGAAUCCCACUGCCUACUUUUGGGGGACUUUUUCCGUACCCGUACACUUACAUGGCGGCUGCAGCUGCCGCGGCCUCCGCCAUGCCGGUGACCAGUGCCACCACUGCCAGCUCACUCUCCCGGAACCCCUUCCUGAGCAGCGCUCGACCUCGCCCGCGGUUCAACCCCUACCAGAUCCCGGUGGCCAUCCCCCCCAGCACCAGCCUCCUAACCACCGGGUUGCCUGCCGGUUUGAACGCCGGUGCGGAAGCCUCCAAGCCCGGGAACAGUCGGGAAUCAAGUCCUCUUUCAGAUCUGCCCCUCCCGAAAGCCAGCACCCAGCGGGCGUCUCUCUCCCCCAAGCCAUCUUUGAAAGAGUCCAUGAACGAGUUGCAAAACAUUCAGAGACUGGUCAGCGGCUUGGAGACCCAAAGGGAAGUAUCCCCUAGUAGGAAUUCCCCCAAGUCGACGGUUCACGGAAGCAGCCAACCCCCUAGAGCUUAGGAGCGGCUGCGAAAGAGAUGUGUACAGCACACAGUAUAUAAAUAUUUAUUUUUUAAGAAAAAGAGGAGAGGAGAUUAAGAUGGGUCGGAGUCUAGAUGCAUCAGUAGCUUGGCAUCCUACGAGAGGCGCAAGCAGAGCCAAGGGCCAAGCAGAGGAGGCAGGGAAAGCAUUUAGGAAGGCUGUCGCUAACCAGGUUUUUGAACUCACGCUGUGAUCUCAACACACCACACCGAUAUCUUAUCUGUUUUCUGGCCCGGGAUUGAGCAGAAGAGGUCUGUUUUAAGCCAAAUGCAUCUCUAAAAUGGCCACCGGAGAGGAAGAUGGCGCCUUAGGUCACCUCCAACUCAUUUCGGCACUUUUAUUCCUCCGAGAAUUGAAUUUUGAAACGCGGACGAUCCCGUAGGACUUGGUCCUCUGAUGCUAGGAAAACGGGGAAGAGGAGAGCUUCUUGCCAAGCUCUAAAUGUUAGGAAAUUGGGUUCAUAUUAGCCAGAGGAGGUUGAGCGAUGUGUUCACAAGCGUUGCCCUUCUGCUCACCGACGCCGAAGGCCACCGAAAAGAAGAAGGAAAAAAAAAAAGCAAAAUAAACAUGAACGUUCAUCUUUCUGCUUCCCAACUUUCAGAGUUGGCACAAUCCACGUGUGACUUCGGAUCUUUCUCUUUUGGGACUUUCUCUCUGCGUAUCAGAAAAUUUAAAGUGAAAAAGAAAAAAAAAAGAAACAUAAUAUUUAUGGAAUAAAAUGGUAAUUUCUGUAAAUAAGCUAUAACGAAUCCCCCCCUCCCCAAAUAUGCAAAAAUUGGUAUUAAUUUAUUUAGAGUUGUACAUUGGAGUGUACAUAAUUAGAGUUUAACUCAUGUUUGAUUGUUUUUCUUUUCUUUUCUUUUUUCGUUUUAUGUGAACGUACAUAUAUUGUAAAUGAAGAUCUGGUUUCAGAGGUCCCCGGGGAGGGGUCAAAAACCAGCUAGGCGUGGCCAGGGCGGUGCCGUCCAAGCCCCACCCACUUUCCCACUUGACAUCAAAGGGGUGGGGCUUUGAACGCGAAGGCGGAAGCAACCAUCUUGAAUUUUAUUUUUAACCUGCCACCAAAUUCCCUGCUUGUUUAACUCUUUGUGAACGGAAGAAAAAUAUUGUUCUGUAUCUAAAAAAAAACAAAAAACAUGGAAAAAUGUUUACCCCGUCUGUCAGAAGACAAUCAUUUAUUUUUAGUUCCGGCUAAAAAAAAGCCAGGAGACGAUCAAAUCCUUCAAAAGGAACUCGACAGGGAAUAUGCGACGUUCUCCUUAUAUAUAGUAGUUCAAAGAACGAUGAAUAAUGAGUGAAUGAUUUAAGAUAAAGAAAUAAAAACUUUUACAGUGCGGGGUAUUCAAAGGAGAAAAAAAAAACAGGACAGGAAGAAACCUCAGUUUUGUUUUAUUUUUCACUCCAGAGGGGGGAAUAAAAAAAAAAGAAAGAAUACCAGAAACCUUUAAAACUAUAUGAAAAUUUAAAAUAUCACAUGGAGGGUGUGUGCUGUAUAUUGGGUUUUGUUUUUUUUAAAUGGCAUCAUUAGAAAUGUGCUGUUUAUUCAGGUAUCUUUUCGGUUCGAUUUUUGGGAUGACUCCUCUUACAACUUUCAAUAAAAAAAAAUAUUCAAAGAA